CACACUCUUGCCCCUUUGCCGCGACGUCAUCACCCCGCGCCGGGAAGCGGUGGUUUUACCUGUUGCGUAGGGUGUAGCCCCUACUGGGCUGGCGCGUCGCUCCGAUGUGACGUGUCGGCCCGCCCUGGGAUAUGGUCGGUGUGACUUCAUAGACCGAGGCUGUGACGCUGGGACAGGAGCGAAGAGCUGGGGGUAAGGAGGUCUCUCACUGCGAGCACUGCCACCAUGUGUGUACACCCUGCUGCCCUCAGUCACCAUCCACACCCAGGGGGUGAUCAUUAUGAUAUCACUGGGACUGGCUGCUUCCAGGAUCACACCCCUUUAUUAUCAGAGAUAAACAUACUCCAUGGGGGGGGGUUAUUGAUUAAAGUUUUAGCACUUUUUACUCAGUGGCAGGUAUCUGAUCUGUAGAUAUAUCAGACUGGGAUUGAGGGAAGCUUUAUCAUAAAAUAGAUCUGCCAUAAACCAAACCUGACUCCUGGUCCUGUCAAGCCUUUCAAUGAAUAGUUAGACGGCUUUGCAAACCUGGUAUUGAAAUAUAGUGUAUUUUAUUAUUUGGAGUUAGUUAUUUUGCUUAUUGUGCCCCAUUAAAGGACCACUAUAGGCACUCAGAUCACUUCAGCUCGAUGAAGUGGUCUGGAUGCCAGGUUUUAUCCCUGCAGCUGUAAAGCUGAAAAUAUAGAAACUGCUAUGUUUACAUUGCAGGGUUAAUCCAGCCUCUAGACAGCCACAGAAGGCUGCUUCCGUGAUUCUCAGUCUGAAAGUCGCAUUAAACUCAUGCAGCGUGAGUUCAGAUCCCCAUAGGAAAGCAUUGCGUAAGCAUUGCGUAAUGCUUUCCUAUGGGCAGUUUGAAUACGCAUGGCUCUGGCCGUGCAUGCGCAUUCGGCUCCACUCGAGAGCUGACGUCGGGAGAGGGAACCUGGCGCUGGAUUAAAGUAAGUGACUGACUGAAGGGGUUUUAACACUUAGGGGGGGGGAGGGAACCUAAUAACUCUAUAGUGCUAGGAAAACUAGUUUGUUUUCCUGGCACUAUAGUGCUCAUUUAAUCACACCUGAACGAAACGGCAAAUAAUAUACGCUAAAAUACACUUUUACCGAUAUAUGUAAUUGCAGCACUUUAUGGAGCACUUUAUAUAUCAGUAAUUUUUUAUGCUUUACGUCUCGUAUGCAGUUACAGACUGGUAUCCUCUUAUUUUGUAUUUUACAUGCAACAUUUGGGGUCAUCAGAACGUCUUUAGAAAUUCUUCUAUAGCAAGCUUUACAAAGAACUUUGACUACCAAAUGUGUUAUGACUCUAUUGGGUAUACACGCAAACACGCUAUGCCACAGUGUUGUUGCAGUAUUGCACAAUACGCCCUAGGAAUUGUGGGAACAAAUCUACAUUUGAUUUUUAUAUCUGAGCCACAAGAAAAAAGCAAUAAUCUAGGUGGUGGGUGUUUCACUAGCACAAUGUAUAGAUGCAUUUUUAAUUCUUAAAGCAUUGUCAUAUUAUGUAUUCACUAUUUGUGGAUAACUUGUCCACGAUGAGUGACAACAUACUGUCAGUGGUGGAGACGUACUGGAUACCGCACUCACCAAAUAACCUAGGUGCUCUGAAGCCUGAGCUGGCCAGGCCUCCCUUGCAAAAUAUUCAGAAUAAAGAACGGUUCAGGCACUCUGGGAUAACAAAUGGCAUUUAUUGUGGCAAAAGCAGCAAUGUUUGACUGCUAGAGUCGAAACGUUGCUGCUUUUGCCCCAAUAAAGGUGCUGUUUUUGUUAUCCCAGAGUGCCUGAACUGUUGUUUAUUCAACAUACUGUCAGUGGACUUCCUGUCAGCCAUAUGAUGCUGCCAGUGAACCUGCAAGUGCACAUUUUAGCUCAUACCACUGGGAGUGUAUUGAGAACAUCGUAAGAGAUUAUGUGGCCUGUUGUGCAGUAGAAAAGGCUGUCUUUCCUUGAUGAAGAUAGCCUAUUGUCGCACUUCAUAAACCAUUGCUGUAGUUUAUUCAUUUAAAACAAGGGUUGACAAUAUCAGAAUAACUUUAUUGAAAACAUCCAUGUCAGUUUCAUUUUCACUUCUCCAUGAUUUCAUAAUUUGAAUAAACCAAACCAUGAUAACUUUACAAUUUAUGGUGUGAGCCGUGGCGAGUUUUAUUUGGUUCUUGUUUAUAUUACACCUAUUGACUGCUAGCCGCACCCAUGAAGGUGAUUUCUCUACAUAUUCUUAUUGCAGAGAAACCCAGCUGAAAUCCAGGUAGAGAUGAUUGCCUUUAACACGCUCAGUGUGAACUUUACCUCAUAGCCCCAUGAUGUUUGUUUAUUUUUUUUAGAUUUUCCUCUUUUUCAUCAUCUGGAUACCUUUCUUCAUCGUACAAGUAGGAGCAAAUAUUUUUUUCCAAUGUAUGCUUGGACCGAAAAAGAUAUUUAGUAAUUCAUUCCCCAUGAUGAUCAACCAGCUGUUGCUGAGCAUUGAGAUAGACCAUUUUGAAGCACAUGUGAGCAUAAGGAAAGUCAGGUGUGUGCAUAGAAUGGCAAUCUGUGACACAGCUGCAUCUGUCUCAUACUUUGAAACAAGAAUGUUUAAUACCUUGACCUGCAGCUUUCCACGGGAUAAUUAUUUAUGUUUUUGUAUUCAGUGCAUACAAAAAAGGUUGGAUAGUUCAUAGCCUUAAUUCUGAAAGACAUUUGUGGUCCUAAUAGUUGGUAAUAAACUAGUACAGUGGUACACGUUUGCAUAAAUAUUUGAUUUUUUCACCCCCCCAAAAAACAAUCACUUCAUAACACAUUGACUUUAACCUAUAGUACACUGACCGCAUUACUGGGGGAGAGAAGUAUAUAGAGCCCAAAUAAAAGGUAUUUUUCUAGCUGUUGUUGCUUUGCCAGCCUUAAAGAAGUACUCCAUGCACGACAAACACAACAUAUUGUAGUGUGCUUUAGGACUGAGAGAGAAAAAUAAGCAUAGUAACAAAAAAAAAAAUAAAGCUAGAUUUUCGUUUACCACGCUUGGAGAAAUUUCUUCGCUCAAAAAUGACGAACUCGUUAUAUUUAUUAAUUAUUAGUUUAGCCACAUCACGUCAUAAGAAAAACCUAACAUUUAUAAAGCUUCCUAAGUGUCAAAAACAGUUAUGCUUGUUACUACAUUUUUGCGAUAAACUAUAAUCAGUCUUGAAUCUUGAUCAGUAUUUCUUCCUUGGCUGUAAAAUCAUCAAAACAAUAAACCUAAUUUUUUUAUUUUUUUUUAAAACAAAGAGUACAUUUAUUUGGCUUUCACUAUAAGGGUUUAAUUGAACUUUCUAGAGCUGGCAAAGCAGGCUGUUUUUUGCAUUCAGUGUUGGUUUGUGUUUGUCAUAGAUCACUCAACACCCGUCUACACUGACCAGCCGCACCAUUAUAAGCACCUAACUAAUAUUGUGUAGGCCCCCUCGUGCAGCCAAAACAGCUCACUUCAUAUGCAUGGACUCCAGAAGACUUCUGAACGUGUCCUUUGGUUACUGGCAUUACCAGCAUAGUCUUAAAGUCCUGCAAAGUGCAAGAUGGGGCCUCCAUGGAUCAGAUUUGUUAUUUCAACACAUCCCACAGAUGCUCAAAUGGAUUGAAAUCUGGGGAAUUUGGAGGCCAAGGCAGCACCUUGAACUCUGUCCUGUUCCUCAAACCAUUCCUGAACAAUUUUUGCAGGGUGCAUUAUCCUGCUGAAAGAGGCCACUUCCAUCAGGGAACACCAUUGCCAUGAAGACCUAUAUGAAGUCUGCAACAAUCUCUAGGUACAUGUCAAAGUAGCAUCCAUAUAACACUGAUCCUCCACCUUAACUCUCCCUGCAGGUUGACGGUACCUGCCUCACCCCAUCCUUUCAAGCUUGCUGUCUUGGUGUCAUUUUUAAUCCCAGCCUCACCUUUGCGACUCAUAUCCAGUCUGUUGUUAAAACCUGUCUAUUCCAGCUUAAAAACAUUGCCCGCAUGCGCCCCUUUCUUACGCAAGAUGUUGCCAAGGAGCUUGUUCAUGCUCGAGUGAUCUCUCGCAUGGAUUACUGUAAUUCCCUCCUAAUCGGUCUCCCCAGAAGCCGUACUGCCUCCCUACAAUCUGUGAUGAAUGCUGAUCUUUCUCUCCUGUCGCUCCUCUCACCCCUCUGUCAAUCCUUACACUGGCUUCCUGUACCCUACAGGUGUCAAUUUAAAAUACUAACCCUUACCUAUAAAGCCUUAACCAACUCUAGCCCCUCUUACAUUUCUUCACUGAUUCAUAGGUAUGCACCCUCUCUCUGCUCUGCUGGUGACCUUCUCCUGUCUGCUGCUCGCAGCCUUACUGCAUAUUCACACCUGCAAGACUUCUCAUGGGUUGCUCCUUUCCUUUGGAACAGCCUGCUUCCCCUGUCAGACUCUCCCCUAGUCUUCAAUCCUUUAUGAAGUCCCUCAAAACCCAUCUUUUCAGAAUUGCUUAUGGCCUCCAAGAGUAACUUCUCUCUCUCAAACCUUCCUUUUGCUCUCUCUUAAAGGGCCACACUCCACUCUCACCUCCAGUUCUGCAAUUUUCCCACCAUGUAUAUUUGCUGUCUCCCUCAAUACUCUUCCUAUUGUGUUUUUAUACCCCACCUCCUCUAGAUUGUAAGCUCGUUUGAGCAGGGUUCUCAACUACCUAUUGUUCCUGUUAUAUUAUGUUUUUGUCUCAUUUGGUAAAUUCCCCUCUUAUUGUAAAGCGCUGUGGAAUAAGCUGACGUUACAUAAAUAUUAACCAAUAAUAAUAUGGAUGCUACUUUGCAUUCUGCUACCGUUGCUUUCACAGGUAAACUAUAUACACGCUCCAGCCAUCCACCUAUUUAAAAAAAAAAAAAAAAGAAAACCAGAUUUGUCAGACCAGGUAACUUUAUUCCAUUACUCAAUGGUCCAGUUCUGAUACUUGCAAGGUGUUUUUCGCUGGCGACUGGACAAAUCCAGGUGCUAUUUGGACAACUUGGGCACUCAGACUAGAGCUAUCCAUGGAUGUAUGACAUGUGGUGUUACUGUGGGUUCUAAUUGUAUUUUUUGGGGGGUGUUUUUCGUAUGUUUCUAUGUUCGGCUCUCUGUAUCCGUAAGAUAAUUAACUUACCGGCCCUUGACUCUCUAAUUUCCCAGACACAGAGGUGCAUAGGUGGGAUCACUGUGUAGAGAAGGGAGACCCCAUGUUGGGGGUCUGGGCAUAAAUGGCUGCAUUCACUGAAUGAAACCCCAUUGGCUUUUGAUCAUGCUUAUACUUUACAACAGCGGUUACCAUGAACACUGCAGUCCUAAUGCUAGCCUUGUCUCCUUCAAUGCCUACAGCAUUGGAGAACCAAUAAACAUUCACGUCUUCAGAAUUUGUAGCAUGAGGUUCAACAGAAUGCUCAAAUAUCUAGAAACACCAAAAUUUGAUCUAUGUGAAGCUUUGUCUACUAUGGAAGCAAGUGCAAUAUUAGACUCUUAAAGGGAUAUUUACCACAUACAAAACAAGAGGAUGACACAUCCUCUUCAGGUAGAUAUUCAUUUGUUACACAUUGUGAUGGCAAUAUCACCUGCAAGUGUUUAGAUUAAAAUGAUAUAUUUAAAUAGUCUUUCACCUCCAAGAUGGCACAGAAAAAAGUUGUGGAUAUGCAGCCACUCUCCCUCAAAUGUUUUGCGCAGCAACCCAUAAUGCAUGCCAUGUGCAUUUUUCUUAAUGCAGAUGAAUGUAUGCAGCUGCAUUCUUUAUUAUUUAUUUAUUUGCCUGGUUGCAAUGACAAUGCAUACAGUGCAAUCAGAAUAAUGUAACAUUUGCCAUAUUUUUACAUAAUCGUUUGCAAUAUGAAAGUUAGAGGAACACUAUAGUCAACAACAUAACCUUAGCUUAAUUAAGCAGUCUUGUUGUAUAGGCAAUUCUUCUGAAGUCUCACUACUCUAUUCUGUUAUUUUGGUGAUUGUAGGCAAGCGUCGCGGUAUUAGUGCAGCUGCAUGUUUGCUAUCUUAGCAAUUCAUCAUUGAAAUGGCACAGUUAAUUAUUUACUAUCUAUAGGUUUGCUAUUUGCUUGACUGAAAAAUAACAUUUUAAAUUUAAAAAAAAAAAUAGAAUUUGAAAAUAGAACUUUCUUGCAUGUCCCUUUAAAUUCCAAGAGGACAAUCAUACAUUCUUGAAACAAUCAGAAAUCCAUAAUUAUUAGAAUAUUGAUACUCAUCAGCCUUUUAACGCACCUAUGUACAUUCUUACAAAUAGAUCCGGUUAGAUUGUUGUGUGUAAUGCACUAAUGGCUCUUGUUCAGUUAUACACAGAAUGAUUUAAAUUGAAACAGAAAUAGGUUGCGCCUAAAAUAAUUUAGUGUUAAAAUAAGAAAGAUCCCAAAUAAUAGAUAAUAAUAAGAUUAAAAAAAUAACAAAGCAGUAAAAGACAAAAUAAGUCUCCAAUAAUUGAAAACCAUAAGACAAAACAAAAAAAAACAACUUCAAACUUAGACAGCAAAUACUAAAAUUGAGACCUUGUUUCAGUGGCUUUCUUGCUGGGAUCUGGACGUUGCUGCUUCUCCAGCUUGUUAAAUCAUAAAAAGUAGAAACUCCAUUAGUGUAGUAUGCCACAAACUAAUAAAUAAUAUAAAAGUCACAAUGGAUCUACUCUCUUAUUAUGGAGCUAAUAUAAGAUCUUGUGUGAUGCGCAUUCAGUGGUGGUUAUCCCCUACUGGUAGGAUUUUGGUGGCAAUGCUUCCAAAAGGUGUCUCCAGAGUGAGGUGUCCCAAAAGGAAAAAAAAAAUAUGAGGAGAAAUAGUGCUUUCUGGAUAAACCAGUUAAAAAAGACGAUAAUAUAAAAGGUCUUUUAUACUCACAUUUAAUUGAGCAGGUAUUACUGCUCAAUUAUCAAAAUGUGGGUGGUAUAAUCCCCACCUGGAAUUCUUUGGGGAGUACUUAUCCGGAGAUUUAGAUAGGUGACCAGGUUAAAAGAAAAAGGCAUAUGGCACAGAAAGGUAAAAUAGUCAAUAUUCCUUUAAUAGUACAGUGAUAAUAAAAUACACAGAAUUAUUGUAUUACACUAUUGUGCACAUGUACUUUUCUAGUUGGAUAAAAUAAUUUUCAUUCUUACAACAGCUUCACAGGAUACUGUGCAGACCAUCACCUAUGAAAUUCUUCCAUAGUCGGGUGCAAAAUUUUGAUGCCUACCUCUGAGUCCCUCCCCAAGUGCCACUAUGCCAGCCGCAACAGUGGACCACAGCCAGCGGAUUUGCGAGGUUUGGGCCUGCAACCUGGAUGAACAGAUGAGAAGAAUACGCCAAGUUAUACGCAAGUAUAAUUAUGUUGCAAUGGUAUGUUAAGGGAUUUUGUUCAGCUGAACUGAUUCCUUUAAAAGUGUAGGUUGUGUUUUUGAAUUCAUUGUAAAUGUGAUUUUGUGUAUGUAUUUACUUUGAAAGAUUCAAAUCUAAACCUACACUCUGCCCAGUUAUUUUAUUUGGAUUGUAAGAAAUUAAGAGGUGUAUUUUACCCGGCAAUGAACUGAAAACCAGAUUGCAGAGCAAGUUGUAACAUUAAGCAGUUGAGCUAUUUUGUUUAGUUGUGUUGUUGUGAUUUAGAGAAGCAAAUCCUGGAACUUUCAGCACAAUCAAUGUGUCAGGGCUAUCACAAUAAGACAUUUAACUUACCUCUUCUACUAAAGUGGCAUAUGUACAACAUUUAGAUUCAAUUUCAACCUUUGGCCACUAAAUGCCAAUAAAAUAACUAUACAGUUAAAGCAAUCUCGAAAUAAAACAAGAUUAAAAGUCUAUUGGGGGGGUGGGUUAGACAAAGAUUAGCUCUACUUACCUGAACCCAUCCUUCGUGGGCAUCUUCUUCUGGCAGAACCUCUUCAGCACCCGGAACCAAUGUCACGCUGUACUCUCGCAUGUGCGUGAUAGUAUAGUAUUGAGGUCAACGCUGGAUCCCGUGGGAUACUCCAUUGAUGAAGACAAUUCCCUGCAGCUGUCACUGGUGACGGAUGGGGGACUGAUACUUCUAGAUAGCGGUAGCUCCGCCCAGUGUCUAGAAGUGUCAGGCGUAGGAAAUAUAAAAAAAUAUAGUCCAAGUGAAAUUCAAACACCGUCAGUAUCAGUAUUUCAUAGAAAGGGCUGGGGGAUGACUGUGCCACUUACGUUUACUAGCCAUCACAGACAAAAAAAAGCCACAUAUACAGUUUUUAUACAAAGUAGACCUCACAGAGUAUUUUGACAGUUAUGUAGUGCUGUCAAUCUGUUAGAAAAAAAGUUGUGACAUUGUGUUUCCUGUGUUUUUUUUUUUUUUCGUCCUUGCACAUAACAAGGUUGUUUUAUUUAUUCAUUUUUUUUUUUUUUUUUAUUGGAAAUUAUGCAGUGUCAGUAUUACAUUUCUGAGUACCCUAGAUGACAGAUUUAAUUUAAAUCAGAUUAAAAGACUGAAAGUGGGGACCCUAUGAGGGAGACGCCAAAGAAGCUGUUGUGAAAAAAUAACACACCUAGCAGAGUUUGUUUAAUGUUUGUAUACCUACUGUGUGCUACUCUAGUGCAAAACGCAAAUUUGUGUUCAGUUACAUCUUCUGAGUUUCGCAAUACCCCCAAAGUAUGCAUUUUCCACUCUUUUGCUGGCCAGUUUGGUAAUCUGGUAUAUUCAGCUAAACAAUACCCCCAGUUUCUGUUUCUGCCACUAUCUUAUGAAGUUACAGUGUCAUAGUAGAGGCCAGACCGUUUUAGUUUUUACAGUUUAAAUCUUUAAAGAGAGGCUUAUUUCUUAUUCUGGAGCAUAAAUGCAUACCAUCUGCAAAAGCAGACACUGCAGAAUAUGUCUUUUGGUAUAUUUUGAGCCAAUUGGACAGCCAUUUAUUCACCAAUUUCUUUAACAGUUUCUGAUAUUAUUUUACCUUUGUGUUUGUUUUUAUGUUUGUUUUUAGCAUGCAAUUUAGCAGCUUAUAUUGUAAGCUUGACUUGUGCUACUGUAAUUAAAAAAUCACAAAAUGUAGUGUAAUUGAGUGCAGGAUUACCUCUAUGAAUACCUUUUGUCAAGUUUUUAUUAAAGUAGAGGGCUGAAUUAAUAACCUAGUUAUUUGAGUUAAAAAAAAAGGCAAACUGAAGAUUAGCCUACGGCAGGGCUCGACAAAUCCCAGAUAUUUGUUAACCUGAUCCCUUGGAGGCAGGCAGCCAGUUGCACAUAUUGUAGACGGGCAGUGAGUGAGUUGCAAACUGUUGCAUAUGAAUGUGAAGUAUUUUAAUCAAAAUAUAUUGAUAACCCCACUUUCCACUCUACUCCUUAGCUGAGGGCUGGGGACACCCACUUGUUCCACCUUUACCACCUUGACGCUCUCACCCGCAAAUUUUCAAUCCCGCCAACUUCACUCUACUGGUACAGGCAACUUAGAUCAUUCCUUAUCUGUAGCCAAACAAUGGCACCACUCCGCACAGAUCUAAACACAUGUUAACUGCAUGGGAACAAAUGUGUAUAAAUGCUACUCUACCACCAAAGUGUAAACCUAUCCCCAUGUGCUGCAGACUACUUUCAGACCAUGUACCCUUCUUUAACUCCACCUACACUAAACAAUGGGAAACCGAACUUGGGUGUACAAUUCCCCAAGCCAAAUGGGAACACAUGAUCAAUUCCCCAAUUGGCCUCAUUAAUUCCUCGACCCACCUAGAACAAUACCGUAAAGUCCUAUACAGAUGGUAUUUAGUGCCAACCAAAUUACAUAAAAUGUUUCCAAAUACCUAAUCUAGGUACUGGAGAUGUAACAGAGACGAAGGCACUAUGAUAUACAUGUGGUGGCAUUGCUCAGCUCUCAGACAAUACUGGCACUCAGUCCACUACCUUAUAAGGAAGGUAGUAUUAGAAACCCUCCGUUUUGAAGCCUCCAUAUACCUAUUACUAGAUCUACCAGCACACCUUAAUAGAGCCGCACAAAAGAUGUUCUUGCAUAUUCUUCUCAGAGCUUAACGCUGAAUAGCGAGAGCCUGGAAAUCUUCUGCUCGUCUGACACUGCCUGCACUAACAGCAGACACAGACAAUGCAGCUAUGAACAUGGCCUCCCUUUCAUCUCCCCUCUUCAAAGAUAGGUACUGAGGCCUGGUCCUUGUGGGGAACAUGGAGAUCGGAGGUUACAUAGGCAACCUGCUGAUGUAUAUCUUUAGAGCUUUCAUUCUUGUAAAAUGGGUAUCCAUAUGUACAUCACAGAAACCAUAUGAAACCAUUAUCAGGGAACCCGCCUAUAUCUCUUGGUUAAUACCACUAGAGACCUGCUAGUCCGCAUGGGGCAAUCAUCGGAUUCUCACAGUCAGAUAUAGGACAUGCGAGAUGUCAAUUCUCAAUACCCAAAUGAGAUAUUCUUGGAUGUAUCUGUUGGAUUAAUAUUAAUUGUACUAAUGCUUGAUUUAUUGGUGUUUGUUGUACUACCAUAUGUAAUAAAAGCACAACCAUGUGAUUCUGCUACCCACCCCUCUUCUGUACCCCCUCCCCCCUUUAUCCAUGAAAAAGAAAUCAAAGUUUAAAAUGGGGAAAACAAAAAAAAUAUAACAAUAUGCAAUAUAGACAAUAAAUGGAGGUGUGUAUGUGUGUGUGUGUGUGUAUAUAUAUAUGUGUGUAUAUGUGUGUAUAUAUAUAUAUAUAUAUAUAUAUAUAUAUAUAUAUAUAUAUAUAUAUAUAUAUAUUGUGUGUGUGUGUAUAUAUUUUUUAAAUUACAAAUAUAUCUUCACCUCUACUUGCAAAUUACUAUGUCAGGCUUGACCGAUCCCAUGUCACCAUGGCAAUGUGGAAUGUUGACAGUGCCCGGGAUUUGUAAGCCCUUUUCCCUCUGUCGGGUGUCCGGCUGCGGAUACUUUAGGCAGGCAGUGAGGGAGCUGUGAUCUUCUUGUUCUGCUCCCUAGCCCGCUGCUUAGUUAUGCUGGGGCUGGAAUAUGACGUCCUUCCGCCUCCGGCAUCACUAGGGGGUGCCCGAGGGUGUAGAGUAGGAAAAGGACAGCUCCCUCACAGCUGGCCGCCUACUGGAACACCUGUAAAGCCGAUCCACUCUAGAUCUCCCAAAGGUAGGGAGGCUGGGUGGAAUAAAAUGUAAUUGAAACGUAGUAAUUUGUGUGUGUCUCUGUCAGUCAGUGUGUAUAUGUGUGUGUGCCAGUAAGACAGAAUGUUUAGGUGAUCAGCCCCCCUCCGAUCACAUGGGAAUGGUGUUUUUCUCUGUCUUUUUUCCCACGCUGUGCUGGUCUCCCCGUGGUUGGCCUGCCUCUAGUGCUGAGAUCACGAAGCUAGAUGAUCUCGGCCAACCUAGUGCUUCUCCAUAGGAAAGAAUUGAGAAUUCAUUGCGCAUGCGCUGCAAAACGCUGUGCCAAUCAGCAUCUCCUCAAAGAGAUGCACAAAAUCAUCUCUGUGGGGAACGUUCAGCGCCACCUUGUAGAGUGUGAUGACGCUGAAUGCAGGUGCUGCACACUGUGUAGCCACUGAGAUAGGAAGCACUUUAGUGGCAAUCUGAGUGACGGCCACUAGAGGUGUCACUAGGCAGCAAUGUAAACACUGCCUUUUCUCUGCAGUGUUUACAUUGAAAAGCCUGCAGGGACAGGCUAUAGACACCAGAACCACUACAUUAAGCUGUAGUGGUCCUGGUGACUAUAGUGUCCCUUGUAUUUUUGUUGUUAAAAAUAAAGCUUUGUAAGAUUUAAAAAAGCAAAAAAACUGGCUCCUUACUUUUUUAGCUGACUCCUAGAAUCAAAGCAAAUUUGUCACAUUAUGCAUAUGCAUUUUAAUAGAUCAUAUUUAAAUUCCUUCCUUCAUAAAUGCAUAACAUUUGCAAAUGUGGGCGCCACUAUGACUCCCACCUCAUUUUGGGAGCUUUAUUGAGGUGCAUGUUUUUCACAUUUUCUUUAAACGUUUUGUAGUAUUAAAUCUAUAAUUAUAUUUUUUUACACACCAGUAUUUUUGCUGCAUAUAUUUCUUUGCAAAUCUUGUGUGCCACGAUAACAAAAUUCCCCAAACUGUCAAUCAAGCUUGAUGCUCUCAGCCAAUCCAAUGCUUUCCCAUAGUAUAGCAUUGGGAGGCUGCUACGCAAUCAAUACAUCUCUAAGGAACAUUCAGCGCCUCCAUGCUAUGUAAACACUGCUUUACUUUGUUAGAAUUAAAAAAAUUUUUUUCCUGUGGUGCUGAAGGGGUUAAAAGCUGUGUGUGUGUGUGUGUGUGUGUGUAGUGGAUGCAGUGUGCUUGUCUGCAUCCACUACCCACACUGCAUCCACUACAUAUUUGUGUGUAAAUAUGUGCGGUAGGACAUCUUUAAUUGCCUUGUAUUUUAUAUUGCCAUUUUUCCUCUGCCAUGCACUGGAAAUGGACCUCUUCUUGCAUAAUAAACCAGUGUAAAUUUAGCCGUAAGGGAACUUGAAUAUACAAUGUUAUGCCCAGUUUCCAUACUGGAAUUGCAUCAUAGCUUUCACAGACAAAAUAUAUAUAUAUAUUUUUUUUUCUUCUUCUUUGAAGAUCUAUUUAAUACAGUGCUGUGUAACAAUGUAAAAAAAAAUUCCCUUUGUCAGUGCAUCUUUAUGGUUUUCCUUAUUUCUGUUCUUUCUUGUUUUUUUUUUUUUUUUUUUUUUCCUCAGGAUACAGAGUUUCCAGGUGUUGUAGCACGACCAAUAGGGGAAUUUAGAAGCAACGCAGACUACCAAUAUCAACUACUACGCUGCAAUGUAGACUUAUUAAAGAUCAUCCAGUUGGGAUUGACAUUCAUGAAUGAACAAGGAGAAUACCCACCAGGCACCUCAACGUGGCAAUUUAAUUUUAAGUUUAAUUUAACGUAAGUUCUGGCUCCAUGCUUGUAGUGAGAUAAACAGUCGUUAUUUUAUUUGUAUUUGAUUAAAUGUGACCAUCAUAACUUGUCAGGAUACAUGUUACACCAAAUUGUUAGAAAUAAGGAUUUAGUAGAAGAAAAUCAUGCAUGUGAUUUGUACUCCAAAUGGCGACAAUGAAAAAUCUCUAUUUUCCAAUAAAUGUAUUUCUCCUUAUAUCUGGUAUUUUUUGGUAUUGGUAUUUAUUUCUGAUUGGGAAAAAUAUAUAUUUUAAUGUGCAGCUAAUAGUGCCCAGGACAGCCAUGGUGUUCCCCACAACCAGCAUUCAUUGUGUUAGUGUUUAACAACUGCAUUGCAUUUCUUUAUACCAUACUGGUUUGGGUGUUGUGGCAAUUGCAAAAUCUGUUUAUUAAUAGAGUCGGAGCACAAUAUUCACAUGAUGAAGGUUGUCUAUGUUAUGGAUGUCAAAAUGCAUGAAAGAAUGGAUGUAGUAUAUAGCAGGUAUGAUCAGACUAGGUACAUGACCAAGUUAGAUAGAAAAUACCAUUGUGUGAAUGCAUGUAUGUAAUAUAUUUUUCACUGGUAUAGUGAGGAAGAGGGAGGGGGGUACAUCUGUUCGAUAUUACAUGACUCUCCUUACUCACACUGCCAUUGUCUGGUCUUCAGGAACCACAUAUUUGCAGUCUCAUGCUAGCGAGUUCAUAGAAGUAUUGCACCUCAAAUGUGCGUGUUUGCCUUCAUUGAGGUAUCUGUUUAAUGUGAGCAUAAAUUUCAAUCCAGCUGUUGCCUUUUCUGUUCUCUGUUCUCUCCUGAUUUUAAGGGAAGAUAUGUAUGCCCAGGACUCCAUAGAGCUGCUCACUUCCUCUGGCAUCCAGUUUAAGAAGCAUGAAGAUGAAGGCAUUGAAACAGAAUACUUUGCUGAAUUGAUUAUGACCUCGGGAGUAGUACUUUGUGAUGGUGUUAAAUGGCUUUCCUUUCACAGGUAUGAUUAUCAGCUUUUGGACAUUUACUUAAUUAUUGAUGCUAUAGUUUGUCAGCAUUGGACCACAGGCAGCUAAUCUAACGUGCACAUCAAAAAAGUAAUGCCCCAUCCCCCAAACUUAAUAACCACCUCUAACCUAACAUUUUAGCUCCUGUAGUGCCCUAUUGCAUAAUUUCACACUUUCCCCAUAAUGUUUGUUUUUGGAUAAUAAAAGUAUUUUUAUUGACUUAAAAUAAUCCUAAUUUUUGGUUAUUUUUGCAAAGGUUUUAAAGAUAUUGCUGAAGUAAAGAAUGGACUGCUUUACCUUAUUUACAUGCUUGCAGUUGAUGUCUGUUACAUCAGCUGUUUUGGUUUCCAAUCCAAGGGAUAAGAACCACUAAAUGAUGUGCAAGCUUGGAUUUCAACAUCCUUAAAGGGACACUAUAGUCGCCAAAACAACUUUAACCUAAUGAGCUGUUUUUGUUUGUAGAUCAUGCCUCUCAAAUCUCACUGUUCGAUCUUCUGCCAUUUAGGAGUUAAAUCACUUCUGUUUCGGUCCAUGCAGCCAUAGUCACACCUCCCCUGGUUGUGACGCAUAAAACCAAAAUGGUUUAAUUUUCAAUGUUUUUAUCUUUAAUUACAUACAGGAGUCUCCUGCAGCGUUUAGCAAAUUAUUAACAGAGCAGGAAAUAAGAAAUUCUAAAUUAAACCGAAUUUACAAUAAAGUUGGUGUAAACAUUAGAUCACUCUUUACAGGAAGUGUUUAUGAAGGCUGUGUCCGUAACAUGCAGGUAGGUGUGCCUAGGUCUGCAUAAACAAAGUAAUUUAACUCCUAGAUUGCAGAUAAUUGAGCAGUGAGGCUGCAUUGGGCAUGAUCUAUACACCAAAACUGCGUCAUUAAAGGACCACUAUAUGCACCCAGACCACUUCAGCUCCAUUAAGUGGUCUGGGUGCCAGGUCCCUCUAGUGUUAACUCUACAGCUGUGAACAUAGCAGUUUCAUAGAAACUGCUAUGUUUACACUAGGGUUAAUCCAGCCUCUAGUGGCUGUCUAACGGACAGCCGCUAGAGGCCAUCCUAGCUUCUCACUGUGCUCUACAUUUAAAUGCUUUCCUAUGGACUGAUUGAAUGCGUGCACGGCUCUUGCCGCGCUUGCGCAUUUGGCGGAUGACGUCGGAAGAGGGAGGAGAGUCCCCAGUGCCGAGGGAGCCCGGUGCUGGAGAAAGGUAAGUGUUUAACACCUUCCUCCCCCUAGAGCCCGGCGGGAGGGGGGCCAUGAGGGUGAGGGGGACCUGUUAACACUAUAGUACCAGGAAAACGAGUUUGUUCUCCUGACACUAUAGUGGUCCUUUGAGCUAAAGUUGCUAUGGUGAUUAUAUAGUGUCCCUUUAAUAUAAAGCCAUGUAUUGUUGCUUUAGAUCCUGUAUGUAUUCAGAGUGCUGUAUCAGUCCUCGUGUACUGUCCUUAUCAGUUGUUUCUGUUUAGAAAUUUUAAAAAGUCUUUAUAAACCAUGUAUCCUGUAUCAGGGAAGGUCAGAUUAGAUUCUGUUUUUGUGCUCAUCAUUUAAUUUGUCUGCUUUGCUCCGUUUAGCCUUCUCAUUAGUCAAGCUUCAAAUCUUGUAAUAUGCAUGCCCUGCCACCAUCCAAAGCUCUUCUGUAGAGAGAGGUGUUUUAGUUGCCAUAGAGACAUGUAAUCCACGAGUGUUCCAAUAGAUUAUCAGCACAGCUAUUUUAAACGGUCACUUUUCAACAAUUAACAAAUGUGAACUCUUAUUAGAGACUUUGCUAAGUGCUAUGGAAAUUCAGUAUGAAUGCUUGUUUUUCUUAGACUUUAUAUUUCACUUUCCUCCUGGGAAAGCACAAGCCUCAUUACUGUUUGGAGUAGUUCAAGCCAUUAAAAUCUAAGGAUCUCAGCUAGUGCCUUCAAUCGGUUUGUGCUCAGUGGGCAGCCUGCAUUAAUCCCCCCAGAAUGAAAUAACAGACUUUUUACAAGUAAACAUGGCCAGAGUCCAGGUCUGCAUGUCAUGCUGGCAUAAAGGAGCUGAUUAAACAGACUCUAUUGAAUAUAUAUAUAUAUAUAUAUUUAUUUAUAUUUCAGGCAGUUUUUUUUUUAACUUGACCCAAUUCUUAUAAUGCAUUAUAUAAAGAUAAUGUGUUUAAAAACAUGUGACAAAAUAAAAUAUUUAACUAUAGUAGAUGCUUGGCAAUUUAAGAUUCUUGUUAAAUGUUUGGUACAAUGGACAGGCUGCACCUCCUCUGCACUGCACAAUCAUUUGCAUGGUUUUGCACGGUUAGCCUGUUAAUCGAACAAUCCAUGUAAAAAGCUGGUAUUUCUAGACUUUCCUUGUUGAAAUAUCUGUAAAUGUAAUGAUGGCAUGGAUUCUAUAAGGACGCAAAAACUGGUUUCACGCUUCCUCUUUAGUUAUAAUCCCUGUUCGAUGGUAAUGGAUCCUAGAAAAACUAGCAGUUGUUGACCAGCGGAAGAUCACUGUAAAGCUUCCACCAGACAGCAUGCUGGCUGCAGUUAAUGAAGCCUUGUUCACAAUCCCGAUCUGCACCAUCAGAAACCAACAGGCUCAUAUAUGCCACUGCAUUAGUGGUCCUCCAGCUACUUGACUACAAGAUCAGGCUCAAGGAGAAGCAAUGCCCACCAUGGAGACUACAACUGGAAGCUAAGCUAAAGACAACACUGAAGGAAGUUAGUAAGCUGUAUCAACUUAACAGAGGUGGAAAAAUCAAAGAUGGAUCCUGGCUGCUGCGGAAGUACAAGGAUAUGCCCAUACCAGAGGCGCUGGAAACCACUAGGCAAAGACUGACAGCACUGGCAACCAGAAAGAGCAGUUACACCAGGGAAGCAGAGGCUAGGAGAAUUAAUGCCCUCUUUACCAAAAACCCAUCCAAGGUGUAUGCACAGCUACAGGGUAACCACCACAUCUCCUCGCAAGACCUACCCAGAGCUGAGACUGAACAGUACUGGAAGAAUAUCUGGGAGAAAGAAGCAUCUCAUAACAUAGAGGCCCAGUGGCUACUAGACUUGAAAGCAGACCACUGCAUGCUGCCAGAACAGGAACCGGUCACCAUCACAGUCAAAGAUAUCCAACAGAGAGUAGCACACAUGAAGAGUUGGUCCGCCCAGGACCUGACAUGAUCCACAACUACUGGAUAAAGAAGUUAACAUCGCUGCAUUAUUGCCUAGCAGCACAAAUGAACCAGCUGCUGGCAACAGGCUCCCACCCUGGCUGGCUAACACAAGGCAGAACAAUGUAGAGAGCGAGAGAACAUAAUCUGUCCUAGUCCAGAUAAAUUCCUAAAUAAAAUUUAGUCAAGAUAAAUUCUUUGUAAAUAAAUUUUACACAUAAAAUAUAACGGUUAAUCCAUAUUGUUAGGGAUACAAGGGGUAUUUUAUUUUUUAUUUUUUUUUAACAAUACUGAUUAAAUGUUUUAUGUGUAAAAUGUAUUUAGGAAUUUAUAUUGACUAGGACAGAUUGUUCUCUCGCGCUCUACAUUUGAACCCCUCUAUUCUGUCUUCAGGAUACUUACUACAUAUAUUAGCAGCUUCAAUUUACUUUAGUUAACAAGGCAGAACAAUACUGCUCAUCAAGGACCCUCACAAAGGAACAAAAAAAUCCAACUACUAACCAAUAACCUGCCUCCCCACAACAUGGAAACGCCUGUCAGGCAUCAUAGCCUCUAAGAUCCAAGGGCAUAUGAGUCAAAAUAUGAACAAUAUUCAGAAAGGGAUUGGAAAAAACACCAGAGGAUCAAAACACCAACUACUGGUAGACCAAGCAGUCACAAGGGAUUCUAAGACCAGACAGACCAAUCUGUGCACGGCCUUGAUUGACUACAAGAAAGCCUAUGACACUAUACCACACACAUGAAUUCUGGAAUGCUUAGCUCUGUACAAGGUCCGCAAGGCAGUAAGAGCCUUCAUUAAGAACACGAUGGGCAAGUGGAAAACGACUCUAGAAGCCAAUUCCAGAACAAUAACUCAAGUGAACAUAAAAUGUGGCAUGUACCAAGGUGAUGCGCUAUCCUCAAUGCUGUUCCGCAUGGGCCACAACCCCCUUAGCCAGAUCAUCAAGAAAAGUGGAUACGGAUACAGGUUUAAGAGUGGAGCUACCAUCGGUCACCUACUCUAGAUGGAUGACCUCAAGCUGUAUGCCAAGAAUGAGCACUACAUUGACUCACUGAUCCACCUAACUAGGAUAUACAGCAAGGACAUCGGAAUGUUGUUCGGAUUACAGAAGUGCGGGCGGAAGAUGGCAAUAAGAGGGAAGAUGAUCAGGACAGAAGGAGUUGAAGUUCCAGAAGGCCAAAUAGAAGAUGUAGAAGACGGCUACAAGUACCACAAACACCUGUCAACCAUGAGGAAAAAGCAAGGAGGAUAGCAACAUCCAAGUACCUCCAAAGACUCAGACAGGUUCUGAAGUCCCAGCUCAAUGGCAAGAACAAGAUCCAAGCCAUCCACACCUAUGCCCUACCGGUCAUCAGAUACCCAUCUGGAAUAAUAACUUGGCCAAGAGAAGUACUGGUCACCAUGGAUGGCAAGACCAGAAAACUACUCCCUAUCAAUGGAGGAUUCCACCCAAAAUCCAGCACUUAGAGACUGUACACCUGCCGGAAGGAAGGAGGUCGGGCCUGAUGAGUGUCAAGGCCACAGUCCUGGAUGAAACAAGUAUAUCAUGAAGAUGGCUCCCAAAGAUGAACUGCUAAGGGAAUGCCUGAGACUUCAACAGAAGAUGCAGAAAAAGAGGAAGUUCCUUGGCAAGACCUCUCCAUGGGGUGUACCAUUGGCAGAUAGUGGAUGAGGCUCAAAUGACAAAAUCUUACCAGUGGUUGGAAAAGGCAGGACUGAAAGACCGCACUGAGGCACUAAUCCUAGCAGCACAGGAACAGGCAGUCAGCACCAGAUCAAUAGAAGCUGGAGUCUACCACACCAGGCAAGACCCAAGGUGCAGACUGUGCAAAGAGGCCUCUGAGACAGUCAAGCACCUAGUAGCCAGAUGCAAGAUGUUAGCAGGAACAGCAUACACUGAGAGGUACAACCAAGUUGCUGGGAUUGUGUACUGAAACAUCUGCACAGAAUAUGGAUUGGACCUGCCUAAGUCCAGAUGGGAGAUACCACAAAAGGUAGUCGAGAAUGACAGGGCUAAGAUCCUGUGGAAUACAAACAAAAAAAUAAAUCACUAUAUGCUCUGAAAACACGAAUAUAUCCUUUAAGGUAAAAUGUUCCCUUGAAACACUUAAUAAAUACUAAAAGUAAGAGGGGGGAAAAAAAACAAAGUAAAAAAAACGUGUGUGUGUAUAUAUAUAUAUAUAUAUAUACACUCUAAGGACUUCCAAAAGGUAUGGUGAAAAAAAAUAACUUAGCUUUUAUUCAGCAACUGCCACAAUAUUUCUAUUUUUCUAUUUUCUAUAUUGAAAUAUUGUGGCAGUUGCUGAAUAAAAGCUGUUGUUUUUUUUUUCACCAUACCUUUUUGAAGUCCUUAGAGUGCUAUUUUCUACUUUCCUGUAUAUAUUAUUUUGCUUGAUUAGCACCGGGCUUUAUGACAAUACAACUGGAGUGCAAGUAUUUGGAUAUUAUAUAUAUAUAUAUAUUCACACUCACUCACUGUGGGGAUAUUUAUGGGAUAAUAAUAUUAAACAGUCGAGAAUCGCCCACUAUUUCAAUUCUCUUAGAUCUUAGAGAUCGUUAUCAAAUAAGUGAAAAGUAUUCCAUACAAUUAAGAUCACAAUGUGUUAUAAAAAUAGAUUUAAUUUAUUGUGACAUAUAACAUAACAAUAAUAUUAGGCAGCAUGCAUGAUAAUAAUCAGUGAGUAUUUAGUAUAACAUAAGUAUGCAAUACAAUGGAAUGGCUAUACACGUUCCAAUGGCUAACAGCAUCUCCUGUCACUUAAUAAGAUUUAUGAGGGUAAGCUUCACACAGCAAAAAGCCAUAAAACCUUGGCUAACAGUUAAAUCAACUGAGUAACCCUUUCAAUGCUGGCUAGAUUCUCCUAGGCAUAUAGUAUCUUAUUCUCCUGUGAUUUUCAAUUAAAAUAACAUUUGAACCAACUCAUUAGUCAUUUCCUGGAACCAUCCAAUAAGAAUAAUCUACCAGAUUUUUACAAAAGCCGAAUUUUAAUUUGCCUAAAAAGAUAUCGAUCAUAUUUAGAGCAAAUCAAUACACCUGGAUAAAAACAGCGGUAUGCUAACAUGUGAUACUAUCACAUUAAUGUAUAAUUAUUCUUAAUUCCACCUGCAGAAUGGAAUGUUUAUAACUAUAUAUUCUUUAGUUAACUAAGAUUUCUAAAUAUUGAAACCUGACCGUGAUUUAUCCAGUCAUAUAUCAUGCUAUUAGUAAAUUCUAAUUAAUUUAAAUUAAUUAAAUAAAACCAGCAUAAUUACCAGUUAUGUAGAAAUUCUCAUCAGAUGAGUAGGUAGUCCCAGGAACUUGAUUGGUUGUAUGGAGGUGCGCGAGUGAUAGAGAAAAGUGGUGUUGGUUAGAAUUCAGAGUAAACUUCUAAGUGUUUAAGAGUUGAGUGUCCAAGAGUUUGAGUAGAGUGUUAGUCCCAGAGAAUGUUUCUUGAGUCUCUCUCUCUCUCUCUCUCUCUCUGCAUGUCCGAAUCGGAAUUCCCAAACUCCAACUCGUCUCUCUACCAACUUACUUCUCUUCCCUUUGUCCUAACUUUUAAAGGGCCAGACUCUCUGUACGUCAGUUGAUAAGCCAAUAGGAAACUGUAGAUGUGUUCAAUCUAUGGAUGGCAAUUUAGGUAUUUGAUCCAUAGAGGGCAGUCUUGCCUAACUAAUCCUUCUUAUCCAGGAAAGAGUUAACUUUUCCUGAAGCCGAUUUUGAUGUCAUUUGUCUUAUCUAAAAUGACUACCUUAACUUAAAUUUGCUGUCGGUUCAAAGCGUUUGUCUCAGUCUUUGUGGCAACUACUUUGAUCGUAAUUUGUAAAACUGACAGUUCUAAACUCAAUUUCACCCAUUACUUACAAUGGAACCUUGUAAAAUUAAUUACUUAGUCUUCUGUCACUGGGGUCUGUGUUUAUGUAAUACAUUCCUUAGCUCAAAAAGUGGCUAGUUACAGAAAGUAAGAAGAAACUAUGUGUCUUUGAAUUUCUGAAGAUAGCAAAAUGGAGUCUGCUCUGUUCUGAGUGACUCUGGCAAUAUACACUUUUAAUUUCUUUAGUGCACAAAAUGUCUGCCGAUAUAAAUAUUUCUGACAACACACACACACACAGUAGAAAUGUAUAUCUGGAGAGAAAAAAAAAUGUAUAUAGUGCUGUAUAAUCCGCACAUGGGGGAGGUGGAAAACUCACCAGAUAGAUGCAAAAUCAGGCAUAUCUCCCUCUUUAAUAAGAUGGAACAAACAAUAAAAAUCUUCAUAGAGAGAUCUUCAAAAGGAGAGGCAUCUUCCAAUAUCACUCAAAAUGAGACGGAAAAAGAGCACAGAUUGUAUAAAAGUAACAUUUAUUAAUACAAAUGCACUUACAAAAUGUCAAAUGACAAUCGGCAUAUCUCCACACAGAAUGUGGUAUCCAGGACUCCAGCAAGAAGCAGGAACAAUUCCCAGCAUAGUGGAUGCAAUAAAAACCAAUAUAAAAUCAAACGAUAAAUUGAGCACUCGGGGCUGUGACUCCCAGUUGGGGGAGUGGCUUCAGCAGAUUCUAGGUGGGACAUCUGAGAUCACUUUUCAGAAGAGUGCAGUUCUAGGAACAGCUAAGAUACUGCGCAGAACCUUCAAACUCCCAGACCUCCGGUAGAAGACCUGAGAAUAAGGAAUAAACAUACCACCCAGGAGGGGUGAGAAAAUUAAAUAUAUGUAUGUAUGUGUAUGUAUUGUUUUUUUUUUUUUUUUCUUUGAUUGUCCAGAUUCAUACAUUUGCACAGCUGGGUUACUGUGCUGGCCUGCUUCCUGACUUACAGGGUUAGUUACUGAAGUGAGAAUUGUAAAUUUAAAAUGAAUUUCAGAUUUAAGUCCAAAUAGCUGAACUGGGGGGAAAAAAAUCUUAGUUGUAAGAAAUUAUGACCCUCUUACAAGGAUAUUUGUUUUAGGGAAUGUGUGACAAAUAAGACACAAACACAAGUAUAUAAUAAAAAUGUUUUAAUGUUAAUAUUGAUUUAGGAUACUGUUAUAGAUUUUAGGAUUUACACGUUAUAACCAUAUUCAGUACAUAAUCAAAAGAUAGUAAAAGGGCAAUACUUAGACAUUUAUUAUUAUUAUUAUUUUAUUAUUUAUAUAGCGCCAACAAAUUCCGUAGCGCUGUACAAUGGGUGGACUAACAGACACAUAAUUGAGAUCAGACCACUGACGUACAGGAACAGAGGGGGUUGAGGACCCUGCUCGAUGAGCUUACAUGCUAGAGGGAGUGGGGUAUUGUGACAUAUUUAAAUGAAGAUCUUCCCCUUGCGCCUUCAUCUUUGGUAGUCUGGGACAGACUCUCUGUUCACCAUGGCACCACUGCUUGCUGCACUAUCCUCCCCAAAAGAGAGAAAAAGAGGAGCCCAACCUCCUUGGCUGUUCUUGUAAAAGACUGAUUCUUGCAGGUUAACUACAUGUCCCAGAAUCCCUUUUACCACCCAAAACGUGCUUAAUCCAGCCCCCUUUUCCCAAAGAGUUCUGUCUUUGCUCAAGUCCUUUUCUCUCUCGCUGUAUAUGCAGCAUUUCUGCCUGAACAUACAGUUAUAUCUUCAAUUUUGUGCUGAGAGCUAGUUACACCGAACUCUUUUGGGCUACACAAUGUUCACUCUGAAUUAUUACAGCAACACAUGUAGUGCGCUUCUUCUACCCGUGCUGGGAGCACCUCUGUGCGGGGAAGCAUUCCUUCCUCAUUUGAGCCCUCCUCCUUGAAUUACUUAUCUUGGCUGCAUAUUUUUACUUAAAUCCAAUUUCUUGUCUACCGUCCACUCAUAAAGAAGCAUUUAAUUGAAUUGGGAGGGCCAUCUGGGGCAGAGCGAGCAGACCGAUUCAAUCAAAUGCUUCUUUAUGAGAAGCAUUUGAUUGGACCACAGAGGGGGGAAAAGUGAAGCCAGACGGGGUAUGAAAGAACCUAGCCCAGCACUAGAUUCAAGAUAAGUUUAUUCUUCUUUAAUAUUGUUUUGUUUAGUUUUUUUGUUUUUUCUUAAAAAUAGAAAGUGGACAUGCUACUAGUGCCCAAGAGGUAAUUUUAAAAUGUAAUAAAGUUACUAUUAAAAAGGGUUUGAGAAAUCCUGUAAAUCCCAACAAUUUUCACUUUUGUUAAUAACCCUGUUAGUAUCGUCGUUCCUAGAAAAAGAAAAAAAACCUUCUUCCUGUAGAAAAUGUAUAAAUCACAUGUGGGUACAUUUUUCAGUCUUCACUCUUUCCACAUUGUAUGUUUGAAAGUGCAGGUACUGCGGAUGUAAUCACCUUUUUUUUUUUUUUUUUUUUCACUGGGAGCUCUAAAUGUGCUUGCAGUGUUUACCUCUCUGAGCAUGCUUCUGAUUCUUGUUUGCAUCAAGUAACUUGAGUUUAGUAUGUGUGGGCACUUAACAGGAUUACCAAACAGAUUACAAAACCAAAAGUCUGUAAUCCUCGUGUUUGCACAUGCUUGUUCGUAUCACAUGGCUGCAUGUAAUGUGUGUUUUCCUGCUGCUUCAUGUAUAACAGAACGAUAACUGAACUAAGAUGGACAAUACGCAGAAAUAUAUAUGUUUAUCAAAUGUCAAGACAGGUAAUCAAAAGCUAAGAGAAAGAUUUAACAUUCAUAAGAAAUGUCAUUCUGUAGUCUGUAUUACCAAAUGUAAAUAAAGGGACAUUCCAAUUUAGUAGAUCUAACCCCCAAAAAUAUAUGAAUGUAUUUUUCUUUGAGAGUACAUUUGGAAUGAUACAUUUCCAGUCCUUGGAUAUUUUAAACAGGGCUUGACAAUGUAUCGUUGCAUUAAUAUUGUUGAAAAUAGCCAGGUGAAACAUUAAAGGUUACUCCUUGAACCUUGACUACUUUAAAGCCCCGAAGAGGCUAUGGUAGUUGGAGUCUACAUGUGCAGGGUUUCCAUAUAAAAUGCUGCACAUUACAGAGAUAUUUGAGAUUGCUGCCGGAAGGUGCAUCUCCAUCUGCGGCAGUGUCAUUGUUAUAAAAGUUCUGGAUUAACUAAUGUGAAUGUCUGUCCGCAUGCAUAGUACACGUUAAUGUAUAGUUUAUUCAAUGAUCGACUGCCGUCUCUCCUACCCUUGUACAUAACUAUGUCCCUCACUCCUGGCAUGUCCAAUGUAAAAACUGUUUUAAUAAAGUUUUUUUUUAUUUUUAUUUUUUUAUACCUUGCUUAUGUGUAAGGAGCUUGUUUGUAUAUUUUUGUAAUGCAGCUUUAUUAAAAAAAAAAAAAAAAACCUUUUAGAAUUUCAAAUUACUGUAUGGGGGCAUAAUGCUCAUAUGCAAUAGAACACUUCAACUGAACUAUUGGAUUACACUGGUGUUUGCAAGAUUAUAGAACACGUUACAAAUAGUCAAUGGCACACACUGAGCCCUAUCUCUCCUCCCCUUUCCUAAUAAUAAUGGUAAUAAGGUACAUGUAAAAAGUUUGGGAGGAAGAAAUGAAGGUAUGCCAUUUCAAGCCCCCUAUCUGUCUUGUAUAUAAUGUAUAUAUCUGCACUCUGAGCUUUAAUUCUUGACCAAAAAGGAAGAUAAGCAAGGAUACAUUUAGUUUUGCAUUACUAUUACUAUAUACAUUCAAAAUUAAAGUAAAAUGUGCCUCAACAAUGUUGGUAGUGAAUGAGUAAGAUCAUUUGUGAUUUUUAGUGUGCUUAGUUCAGCCUUUAUAUCUGCCACAAGAGGCAGAAUUCAUGGAACAAGCUCUUUUAUAAAUGUGUUCUUUAAGAGAAUAUCAACUUAUGUUUGAAUAGACAUUCUCAGCACCAAAGCAACUUUAGCUUAACUGAAGUGGAACUGUCACAGUCUGGGGACUUUACUGAAUUCGCAAAGCCCCCUGACCGUGACAUCGCUGCUGGUGGUCCGGUCGGCCGCUUGAGGCAAGUACAGAUGAGAUUACUUUCCUGAACCAGUCCCCUGCAGGCGCCGCCGCCUUUGAAGUCUAUUGGGGGGAUUGAUCCUCCAUAGACACAACCAAUUCCCUAUAGACUCUGCCUUGAGACUAAGAAUGUCAACUGGAGGAGAAUAUCUCUUGACUAUGUAUUCUAUCUUUAUGAAAUAUUCAUUUUGGGUGGGAGGAGGGGGGAGUGACCGUACCGCUUUAAGUGGUUUUGAUGUAUCGAUCCUGUCUCACUGCUCAAUCCUCUACCAUAUAGGAGUUGUUUCACCAAAGAACCAGUCGAAACAUGGUAAUGGUGAAAGUAGGACUGAUAUUAUUGUGGAAACACACACAUAUUUAUACCAGAAAACUCACUCUGCAUACAGUAGUGAGUCAUACAAUACAUUAUUUAACUUGCCUCCAAGCCUCUCCAUCAAAAUUACUGUGAAUGAUGAUCAGACUUGAGACUUUAAUGUGUUUAUAAUAUUAAAUUCCCCUUUUAAUGUAAAGCGCAGUGGAAUUAGCUGGCACUAUAUAAAUCUAAUAUGGAGUCUAACUAUUUUGCGAACAAUUUUAUACAAAUUCAUGAUGUGCAAGGGCAAUCAUUAGUCCUGGAGAGAACGUUUUUAAGGAUGGGUUUUAAAAAAUAAAUAAAAUAAAUAAGCAAAAUGACCCAUAGAUGCUUUUAAAAAUGCAAUAUUUACUUGUGCCGGCAAGUCUUUCAGGGUUAAAUUCCGAAUUUUGACUAAAUAAAUUGAAAUGUUAAAAACCCAGACAAAAGAAGCCAAGAUUUCGCUAUGGCUAAGUUAGAGGGGUGGUUUUUUUGUUUUGUUUUUUAGACGGGUUAUCUUUUGUCUCAGUUUUUCAAUUCAGAUUUAAUUUGUGAAAAUUCUGAGUUUAGUGAAUACCUGGAAACAUAUACCAAUCUCAGAUUUGAAGUUUAGGCCACUGGACAUGUAGACAUUUAUGCAGAUGUUGUGUUUUUAUUAUUUUUGUUUAGUGUGUUAAGCAAAUUAAUUUUUUUUAUAUUUUUGUUUUAUUUUACAGUGGUUAUGACUUUGGCUAUCUAAUAAAGAUACUUACUAACUCAAACUUGCCUGAGUUAGAACUUGACUUCUUUGAAAUUCUGCGACUGUUUUUCCCUGUAAUUUAUGAUGUAAAAUACCUUAUGAAAAGCUGCAAAAACCUGAAGGUAUGUUCACAUGUUAUUUCUUAUUGCUUUCCUUUUGUGUUUUUUAUUUAAUUAAAACAGUGCAAGUAACCACAACUAACACGUGACAAAGCUGGGAUAUUCAAAUUUAAAUGGAAAUUACGCUGCCAAAAUACAAAUCACAGUAAUUAUGCAUUUUUCCAUUGGGCAUAUAGCUAAAAUCAACUUGCAAAACCUGCAGUUUUCUUUUCUGCUGCUUUUGUAAGCUCUCCCCUUCUAUCCCAGCCCAGACGUUCUGUGGCCAUCCAAUCAGACUUCCCAAUGCAGCUCAAUGAAAAGUCUUUAAGUCAGGUGCUCUGGGCAAUUGCUGACUCUUGAGGUCCGUUGCAUUGAGCUAACCAAACCAAGAAGUAGCAUUACCUGUUUGCUUGAAAGCCAAUGGGUGUAACCAGUAUAAUUUAGAAGUGUCAAUUUCUCUUGAAAUGUGCACUUUUUGCAAAAUGGAAAAUAGAGGACACACUCUUCACACACAAGGCUUUUCAGCAAGCUAAAGUUGCUUAGGGGUCUGGAGUAACCCUUUAAAAAGCUCUUUGAAACAUAUAUGUACAGUGCCAGUCAAGCGUAGUUGUUACAGAUGUAGUGAUAGUAUCUGUCUCCAUGACAGGCAGCCGUAUAUGGUAUUCUAUUAUGAUUGUUGUCCAUUUACGAUUCUUCAGCAACAUGAUGGAAACAAAUAAAGUUCUGCAAGAAGAUUUGUUUCUAACCUUUCGUCCCAUCCAUUUUAUAUGUGGAUGAGGUCUUGGGAAUGGCACUCCAGGCUGAUAGAUCAAUCACUUUCACAUUCCCUCUAUGAUUAGGUAGUUGUCAUCUCCUAAUGGGCAUGAAAGUCUGUGCUAUCAUGCAGGCAUUUAAUGCAUGUUGACAUCAUUGACUGUCAUUCCAUAUUGGUGACAGCUGGGCGAGAUCACAUCUGGCCCAUAGUGCUAGGUAUUGAUGGAUGUCCUAUCUUCUGCCAACUGUGGCCAUAUUUAGUGACCACAUGCUGAUCAACUUAAUGUGUACAAUAUGCAAAAUGAGAGCCAUAAACAAAUCCACUGCCUCAUAAAUGAUCUUUCAUUGAAUUGCAUAUUAGCUAACCUAUGCCCUUUAUUCUCACAGGCACUACAGAUACUGUAGCAUGAAGUCUCAACACAUGUAAUCUUCAUCACACAGCCUGUCCCACAGUCACCAAAUAUAUAUUCAGUAUAUUUAGACUAGAGAUGGACAUCACCAGAAAGACAUUCUUUUGCUGAUACUCUCAUUAGAGAAACCAUGUUAUGACUUUGACCGAUCACGUGUAGUAUUGUUCAUUUUGUUGCAUCUUCUGUCAGGGGGGACUUCAGGAAGUUGCAGAACAACUUGAACUGGAGCGGAUAGGACCACAGCAUCAAGCAGGCUCAGACUCGUUACUAACUGGAAUGGCUUUCUUCAAAAUGAGAGAAGUAUGUUUAUAAAAUAUUUAUGCUGUUGGCAAAUGACUAAAUGGGUUAGUUGAAAAUUAUCAUUAUCUGUGAUAUUUAAAGGAAAACUUCCACUGGAUCUUUUAAAGGAUCACUAUAGUGUCAGGAACACAAACUUGGUUUCCUGACACUAUAUCAUCCUUACGACCCCCCCUCAGGGUCCCCCUCCCUUGGAGCUGAAGGGGUUAAAACCCCUUCAGCCACUUACGUAUAUCCAGCGCCGGCCUCCCUCUGUGCUGGUGACCUCUCCUCCCCUGCCGACGUCGGCUCCCGAGUGGAGCGGAAUGCGCAGCAAGAGCCGUACGAGCAUUCAAACAGUCCAUAGGAAAGCUGAACUCAAUGCUUUCCUAUGGAUGUUCGGCACGCUGGAUGCGAUUUAGCAUCCAGCAUCGCAGAAGCGCGUCUAGCGGCUGUCAGCAAGACAGCCACUAGAGGUUGGCUUAACCCUGCAAUGUAAACAUAGCAGUUUAUCUGAAACUGUUGUGUUUAAAUCUGAAGGGUUAAAACCUGGGGGACCUGGCACACAGACCACUUCAUUUAGCUGAAGUGGUCUGGGUGACUAUAGUGUCCCUUUAAGACAAAAUUAAUUGUAGGUUGUCUAAUAAUUUCCCCCGAUAAUUUGAAAGAUUAUAGAAGCUAAACUUUUAAUUGACAUGCAUUUGAUCCGUGAAUACACAGAGCAUUCAAGAAUUACAAGUUCCGUUCAGAAAUAAAUCUUGCUUACAUCAACUGAUAAGAAAGUGAAACAAAAAUAUUAUAACUCAAAGCUCAGAGAAACUCUGUAGUUUGCCCUUCGGUUAGUCUCCUCUCUCUGGUCUCAAAAAUGUUUCUGCUCACUUGUGCCAUAACAAAGAGAACCCAUACCAUUUGUAUGUCAGACUGAUCCCACCCAUAAGGAAAGAAUGCAAUUCCUUAGGGGCUUUAGUUCAAUCAAUGGACAUCAGAUUCCAGUGCAAACGUUGUAGGUCAAUGUUACUAUCAUCCAAAAAGAGGACAAGGACUGAGUCCACUGCAUGAAUUAUAGACCCAUAUCACUAUUCAAUUGGGACAUAACAGUGUUUACUAAAAUCAACGCAACACAACUUUAAUCAUGCCUUCCCAAUCUGGUUCACAAGGGCCAGGUAGGAUUUAUUCACAAUUGGGAAGCACAACACCACUAGAGUGCUCAAGUGGGGCAUAUAUAUUUGUGACCUUGCAACACAUGGGUUUCGGUUUUUCUCCUGGGGUGGAUACAGGCCCUCCAAAGCCAGCCCACUGCACGCAGGAAAUCUUUUCCUUCCUUUAGAUGUUUCAAUAAAGGCAGCUAAGAAGCUUUGUAGAAUCCAUACGUCGGCAACAUUUACUCUUUGAGCAGACCUGUCCGAAACCCAGGAUUUCCUACCUCUACGCUCUAAUACAAACCAAUGCAGCCAGUCCACCAUUUCCAUUUAUGACUAGAUGGGUGACGUACACCAGGGAGGUUUAUUCUGAGGCCCAGUGGGAAAAUAUCUGUAAUCCCCCGCAUCACUGUUCUGUCACCUGUGAAACACAGGAAUCUGUGUACAAACUACUUUUCUGCUGGUACUGUAAUCCUAGCCUUCUACAUGCCAUAGACCCCACAUAGAACAAACAGUGCUGUAGAUGCACUCAUGGAAAAGGCAAUGUUAUAAACAUAUGUUGUUGCACCAUGCUCUAACCCUUCUGGUGCAGUAUCCACGAUAUGCUGAAGAAAUUUUUUGAUGAAUAUAUGAUCUCACUGCCUUCUAACCACCAAUUCUGCAGAUUUCUAUUGUUUAAUACAGUCAGCCCCAGAAUGGUUGUCCGUUUAAUAUGCUUUUAGAACAUUAAAUUUAAUCUGUUUUAGCGAGCACUGAUUAUUAGUGAAAGAACACAAAGUAACCAAGUAUAUGUUCCCAGUAAUAAGCUUUUGAGUUAUUUUUGCAAUCAAUGUCUGUUUGGCGAUUACUUUUUUUUUUUUUUUUGGUUAUAGGAUGUUCGUAGUUGUGGUUCAUUCAAUGAUAUUUAUUUUGCAGAUGUUUUUUGAAGAUCAUAUAGAUGAUGCAAAAUAUUGUGGCCAUUUAUAUGGCUUGGGAUCUGGUUCAUCAUAUGUGCAGAAUGGGACAGGAAAUGCAUAUGAAGAGGAAGCCAAUAAGCAAUCAUAAUGCACUCAUGAACAAUCUGCACUUUCGAGCUACAUCCAAGCUACAUACUUUUUGUACAUGUUUUAUCUGAUAUUAAAUUGCUCAUCCAUGCACUCCUAAACUCUCAGCACACUCUGCCUUGCUUCACCCCAAAGUGGAACUAUUUGGCCUUGACACCAGUCCGUGUCUCAAUAUCCUUUUUGCCUUAUCUAGAUCACACCUAGACACAAUAGCCCCUCUAAAAAAACAUCAUAACCAAUCUCAUUGCAUUUAGGUAUCAGGUAAGAGAUGUUUGCCUAAGAUUUUUAACUUCUUUCUCAAAACUGAUAUCUACUGAUAAACUAUGCCAAAUCCAGUCUGUUAAACAGUUCACAACUAUUGACCAUCAAGUUAUUUGCACUUAAAUACAAGGAGGCUGUAUAUUUUGUAGUCCAUAUACUUAUUCCUUUUUCCAUCAGGCUUUAAACCUGAAAUUGAAGUAUCGGCAGAUAAAUGGUUUUAAAGUAUAGCUGUUCUAAACAGUCAAAAGUGAAAAUAACAUGCAGCCUGGUAUGGACAUUUUGAACUAAUUCUAUCCAGGUGGGUUUCUGACUGCAGGUUUAAAACCAAAAAAAAAAAGUUUAAUUAACCUAAUAGGACGUUUUUCUGUUUUAUUUCUAAACUUUACCUUUUCUGACCCACAGAAUGCAUUCUCUUUGCUUCCUGAAUUCUCAAAUAUUUUAACCCAGUUCAUGUUUACACAGUCCUCAGUUGUUGUUUUUUUUGUUUUUUUUUUUAUUGAAUUGUAUUUAUUAUGUGGUUCAUUUUUGAAAAAUAUAUAUAUUUUUUUUUUUUUCCUGUAAUUGCUGGAACCCCGCACCCAAAAAACCCCACCAAGAGCCUCGUACAAAAAAAGGACUUUUUAUAAAAGAGAAAAUAAAUCUCCGCUGUGUACUGGUUUUGAAAUGGGAAUAAUGCAAUUUAUCCCUUUAUUUUUCCCAUGAAGAUAUAUAAUGGUUUGUUGCAACAACAAAAAUGUAUGUAGUUGGGUGGUAUUGCAACUAUAGUGUAAUACUAGGACACUCAUUGACAAUAUCUUUGCAAUAUAUUUUUAUAUAGAUAUAUAAAGUCUGUGUAGACUGCAAUAAAGCAACGUGUUUAGCCAUACUUUCCGGAGUAAACUGAUAGUAUAGGAUGUUUUGGGUUUUCUUUUUUUUUUUUAAUAUUUUUGGUAACUACCACAAUAACUGAUAUUUCCCAAAAAUUUAAAGUGUAUAUUUUAUUCCCAUGCCACAACCAUCUGUUAAAUACCAGCAAACAUUUAUACUUUGGAAAAUCUUUUUGUUUAUUUUUCAAGUAUGUUACAGUAUUGUAACAGAGUGGUCCUUUUUAAGAAAAAAUAAAAAUAAAAAAGAGGGAAAAAAAAAUAAAAACAAGUUUGCAACAACAAAAAAAUUUGUUUUUAAAGCUUUUGGUAAAUAAAGGCUUGAAUUGUUUUCUAAUGCGUUGGUUGUAUUUUUACCUUCAUGUAAAAAAUCACCUGCUUAUUGCACACACAUUCACUACAAAGUAACUUGCGUUCUGCUGUCUGAUGUUUAGAUGCUAAAGUGCGAUCAAGAGGAUUGUGAACAAGUUUGUUUUUAUCAGGGUAGGUCUCUGAAAUCAAGAAAUCAAUGUGAAUUUCUAAUUGUAUUCCAGUACAUCUGUUUCGUCUAAAAUUUUAUAUUUUCUCUGAAAUGCUGACAUUUCACAAUUUUGUAAAUUAAUUUAGUCGAUGACCACAAAUAUUUCACAAACUUUUCAUGUUGCAGUUGUUGUACAACUAUAGACUAUACAUUACUGUAAACAAUCUUUAUUUGAAGUCAAAAUGGGGAAAAUAAUCUCUCCCAGGGAGCAAUGUUUCCAAUUCAGCUAUUUUGCCCUUAGAUUUAAAGCUCAGUGUCCGUUCACUGUGACUUCCUAAACCUUCACUUAUUCAUGAAUAGUAAUGGUAAGUUACUGAAGUAACGGGGAAAAAAAAAUGUAUCUGAAAGAAAAGGAAACCCAUAGCAAUCUCUAAUUAAAGGGGUAGUCAAAGCAGUGUAAUCUUCACUCAUAAAACUCUGGCCCCUGGCUGAAGUAGCAAACACUUUUUUUUUUUUUUUUUUUUUCUUUUCCUUAAAGGAAAACUGUAAACAUUUUGAGUGUUUAAAAUAAAAC